GCCUUCUUCCUCACUCACCAAACCCAGCCAAGCGAAUUAAGCUGCGGUGAUAGCUAGGCAAGCGGCGGCCGGCGUGAGGGAUCGGAUCCAUGGCGUUCAUGCGGUACCGCGCGCUGCCGCAGGGGGAGCCGACGGUGGAGGAGUUCCGGGCGUGGCUGGCGCAGUUCGACGCCGACCGCGACGGCCGGAUCAGCCGGGAGGAGCUCCAGCACGCGCUGCGGAGCCUCAACGUGUGGUUCGCGUGGUGGAAGGCGCGGGGCGGGGUGCGCGCCGCCGACGCCAACGGCGACGGCGGCGUGGCCGGGGACGACGAGGUCGCCCGGCUCUUCGCCUUCGCGCAGAGGCACCUCCACGCCAAGAUCGCCCAGCUCGGGUUCUACUGAAUGUGCACCGAUGAUCCGUGAGACGAUCGUAUCGUCGAUGUGAUCGAGUCUGUACUUGUGACUACUCCUAUAUUGUAAGUGUGUGAAUGAAUUUGGUGUUUGUUACUGCUUGUGCUUUUGCAGUAUUUUACAACACAAUACUAUUCAGUACAACAUCUGGGCUGGUAUAAGUCCAUCAAGUCUGAAUAAAGACAUGAUAAAAAGAUCUACGGUGUGCAGAACAAAGUCCAUCAAGUCCGGAUAAAAACAUCUCGA